AUGGUCUUCCGCCACGUUUGGGGAUGGAUGUCGUCCCCUCGCAAACCGAACCUCGACCUCACACCGACGUUUACAAACUCCUCUACCUCUUCCCAACAGAGCAGCCGCAGCGGCCGCCGAGACGAGCAGGCUGCCACAACAGCAGCCUAUAUCGUCUGCCCCCGCCCCCUGCCAUCGCGGGCUUUCUCCGACGAGGCGGAUACCGAAUGUCCUAUCUGCCUUGACGAGAUGGAGCUCGUAAUCUUUGCACCUCAGCCAUCUGAACUGAGAGGCAAGAUAAGGAGUCUCAGGAAGAAGCAGACUUAUCAGCAGGCUGUAGAGACGCCUGUAGAUCCCGCUUUGCACACUAGUAAAGGGCAUGUGGUCGCGCCUUGUGGGCAUGUGUACCAUUACAGAUGCUUGAAGGGGUGGUUGGAGAUCAAACCCUUGUGUCCGCUCUGUCAGGACAAACUUCCGACCUUGUCUCUUCCCGCGUCAUGA